CAAGCAUGCCGGAAAUGCCCCCAAUGCGCUGAGACUCUCCUAGGCCCGGAACCCAUCGGCACCAACGGCCAGCCCGUUCCUACCGUAUGCGAGAACUGCAAGCAGAGCAAUAUCAGGGAGCAAGUCCUCCGCAACAUCGCCGCCGAGGCCCUCCUCCUGCUCAGCACCAGUGUCGUUCCGAUUCGCGACAACACAGACGAGGCACCAGCGGCCCCCGUCAGCCCUCCGAAGCAAGAUAAUAGUCACAGGCUCUCCCAAGAAUACCAAAACUUCCAGCCCCAGAGACCGUUUCUCUGCGUCCGCUGUAAGAGACCAGGUGUGCCAUGUGCCCCCGGACGAAGACGUUGUGCAGAGUGCAUCUGCAUUCUCGUCGCCUUUGGCCCAGACGAUGGU